CCGUCCAGCUGCUUCGAGGCAACGAGCCUGGCAAGAUCAUCAUGUACCCCAGACCAGCCUUCAUUGACUUAAAGAUACUUACAAGCGCGGCCCGCUCCGCACUGGAAUGCAACCGUUCGCCGGUGAGACUGGGAUUCAGCGAAACCGACCAGGAAACUUGGCUGCGGCAUUUGACCACUAGCGUCACACCAGAAGGCAGUAAGAAACAAUGGCGGCGCCUGAACAAACGCAAAAAACCAAGAGUGAUGAACUGCUGGAGGGCCAGCGCAAGAUUGAGAGGUUGCUGGCGCGGGCGCGCAGCCUCGUUGCAACAUGCGGCGAGCCUGGCGACGCACACAUUGCCGUAGCCAGGGGGCUACUUGACGCCAGGAGCCGCGACGACGAGGUCACAGUGGCAGUGGUUGGCCUCAUGAAGUGCGGCAAGUCAUCGCUGCUCAGCGCCUUGUGUGGCACCAACCUGAUGCCCAUGGACAUCCCCGCUUCGACCGCGUGUGUGGUACGCAUCGUUCACGAGGCGAGCGCGGUGGUCCCUAGCAUGGUGGAGACCACUGCAGACGGUGCCAUCCUCCUUGCUAUCACUGGUGAGGCGGCCAUUCACAACAGGCUGAAGGAGCUGAACGCCGCUGGCCGCGCAAACGAGCACGCUGGCGGCACCACUGAGGAGAUCCGCGUCCGGCUUCCGGCCCUGGAGCACUGGCGCAGCGACGCCCCCUACCGCCUGGUCCUGCUGGACACGCCGGGCCCCAACGAGCGGGAGCAAGGCAUCUGGGGCUCCAGCAGCGGCCCAAUUCCCCGGCCGCGGUGGCAGCCCUGAGUCAACGACAGCCAUAUACACUCACCCCUGGGCCGUGUGCUGCAUGCGCUACGCCUGCAUUUACUGCGUCGCCAAGUCACACGACUGCUUGCCGUAGGCUAGUGAGUACCACCCAGCGUGCUUGCUCGAUGCUUGUUUAUUUCGUUGCUUGGGCCUCCGGCAUCAGGCGGUUGUCGAGAUGAUGAGAACGCUGACCGCACCGCGACUACCGCAACCCCGACCCGGUAGUUUUCACUACCUUCAAGUCGGUUUCGGGGUCGAAGCCGGCUUCGCAUGUCACGUGUGAAACCCCCCUUAACAUUAGUUUCGGCUGUGGUACUGGUUCAUGGAGUGUCAUCAGCCGGUUUACCCCACAAUACCCCAUUUGUGAUACCGUCUUGUUCAGUACGACGUGUUGGGGAUUACAAUACAUUACGUUCCAUUGCGUGACAAGACUUGUUGCGGCGCAGAUGUCGGGACGUUGGUAAGAUCCGCGGCUUUCGAGAGCGCGCAGUUUAUGCAACCGGAACGUCAAGGGGGGGGCUGUGCGCGUUCAGGGGUACACGGGGGACGAUUGGGACAGUCGUUGCGGAUGGGUGGGAGAGGACAGUUCGUGAGGGAUCUGUGCGGCAGGCACGGUAAUUGAUGGGGGCGCCUGAAAAGACAGAUGAGCCAGUGCGGACCGGAGGAGGGAGCGAUUGGACUUGCUGUUCGCGCGACUGAAGAGGGAGGGAUGCGCGAAUGCCUAUAGGAUAAGGUGGCUGGCUCCGUGGGGGUUAACUUUGAACCAAUCCCGUAAGGAAACAGUCGCGCUGCAAGGAGAAACUGCAGCCGCAUAUGCGAGCUGUGGUACAUCACCAUAGGUAGUCGGGCGGGCUUGGGCAGCGUAGCAGCAGGUGGAAGGAGCAGUCCAGAGCAGCUCCGAAGUCAUGUCAGCAGUGCGAGCCGCGCGCGGACCCCGUCGCCCAACUAGUUGCACAUCUAUACUAACAUACUCACCUGUACGCGAACGGAGGAGCGCCAGGUAGAAGCGUCCAACAGCAAAGGCGAAGACGCACAUGUAGGAGCGUGGCAUGGCGGCGAGCGUUAGUAGUAAUCGCGGGACAGGUAAAGCAAGGCAGUACAUAAGCUAUGGGACCCCACGCGCGGCUCAGAGACAAAGAAAGAGGGAGUGGGGCGGGCGAACGAGCAACGACCAGAGGGGCGGGAUGAGUGCGCGGGAUGGGGCAUGGGGCGGGGGGGCCAGGGGCGCAGGCGAACAGAGGGUAUGUACGGGCAGUGAGUCCAGACAGGGCGCGGGCCGCCGAACGGCUCCCUCGCAACCCUGUCGGCCUGGACGCGACACCGAUGCCUAGUGCGCGCCCAGCAUGUGAAGGAGAUGGUGCAGCGAGGAAGCAGUUCUCCGAAGUCGACCAGUCACGACGAUGGAGGCGUUGUGAUAGCUGCGUAAUAAUAAUGCGCUUUCCACACGGAUGUUAGAGAGUCAGUGAAAGCAAAAGGGGCGACAACGGGGGAUGCAUGAGGCUGUGAGGCACGGCAUGGCACGGCGCUGCCUUCAUGCGCACGCCUGCGUGCUGUAAACCCGAAUGGAU